AAAACUAAAACGAAAAAAAUAUAUAAAAAAAAACUAAAUAGAUGUAUAGAAAAAUAAUGAAAAAAUAACAACAAAACAAAGAAAAUCUCUGUGAAUUUGAAUUAUUUUUUGUUCAUUUAUGAUUUUUUUUCUUUCUGGUAUGAGAAAUACAAAAGAAUCUGAAGUGAAUUAGUUUUUCUACAACGAUUUGUAAAAAUAUCAAAGAAACUAAAGUGUUAAAGAAAAAUCAAAUUUUACACUAAAAAAAUAACAAAAUCAAUAAAAUAUAAAAAAUUAAUUUACAAGCAAAACCAAAAAAAAAAAGUUCAACAAAAACAGCCAACACAUAAUUAAUAUAAAUCUUUUAAAGAAAAAAUAUAAAAGUGUGUUUGUUAAUUUUAACAUUUGACAUUUAAAUUUUGUGGAGAACGUUAAGAGCAAAAACAACUACAGCAGCAGUAGAAAUCUUUACAAAGAAUAACACAGAAGAGACCCCCCUGACAUAUGCAUCUCUUCUCCUAAAAAAAUAUUUGAAAAUAAAAAAACAAGCAACAAAUGCAAUAGUAAAGGAGACCCGAGCAACAUUUCAACAAUAGAAUUGUGAAAGUGCGAAUGAGUUAAUAAUGACUGGAAAGAAACCGGAAAAGUCCGGUCAUUGUAGUUGCUCAACGGAUCAACAGUAUGUGAAUCCCUCUUUUGAACAGGAUGUUAAUGUUGGCAGUGUAGCUGGAGCUUCCACCUACAACAAUAGACGUCCCAGUGGCAAUUUAACGCAUUCACUAGAUGGCGGAACUGGAGGUGUUAGUGCAAAGGAUUGUACUACAAACGAUAGCGGAUGUUGUGCCAUGCACAACAAUACAAAUAGUACUACACAUCGCAAGGGUCACAGACGUCAAGAAUCAAUGUAUCAGAUGACUGGUCUCUAUUCCGAAACAAAUAGUGGCGAUGACAGCAGCAUUGAUUUAGCUGAAGAUCAUAUAGGAAAUACAAAUACAAUUGGUAGUACAGCGACAACGACAACAACAUCAAUGAUGCCGCCGACUAAUGCCACAGUUCUUGCAAAUAAUGCCCGCAAUUUACAUGCUAAAACGUCCUCCUGCUCUGAUACUGUUAUCAAGUGUCACAGUCGUCAGUCAUCGGCUGUACUUGGUAAUACACAGCAUAAUCAUAGUAAUUUGCAUGGUGGUGGCGGUCAGCACAAUGCAAACAGCAAUAACCCUACAUGUGGCCUUAACGAUGACGACGAUGAUGAUUUGCGUUCACAAGACUGUGGCAUAUUGGGAUGUCGGCCAGGUGGCAUACAGAAAUUUGCCCGUAUAAAGAUAUUCGUUUUAUUACUGUCCAUGUUGGUUAUGUUGCAGCAGGCCUUAAGUUCGGGUUAUAUUAAUUCGGUGAUAACAACUAUAGAGAAACGUUUCGAAAUACCCUCCAGCUAUUCGGGUCUAAUAGCGUCCAGUUAUGAAAUAGGCAAUGUGAUCACCGUGAUAUUUGUCAGUUAUUUGGGUAGUCGUCGUCAUAUUCCAGUUUGGAUUGGUAUUGGUGCCGUUAUUAUGGGUAUUGGUUCGCUGGUGUUUAUGGUACCCCACUUUACUAGUGAACCCAAUCCGGGUGUUUCCAUUGCUAAUGAAACCAGCGACAAUAUAUGCCGCAGUGCUUUAGUGCGUAAUCAAGAUAUGGAUUUGGGCCGCUUAUCAAGUGGUCUCUCAAAUCCUCCCUUGGCACCGCAUACUCUACGCGAAGAUAAUUGUCUCGAAGGCAAACUAUCAACCUUUGGCCCAGUAUUGCUGUUUGUCAUUGCCCAGUUGUUGUUGGGCUGUGGUGGCAGUCCUUUAUUUACUCUGGGCACGACAUAUGUGGAUGACCAUGUCAAGACGGAAAGUUCUUCCAUGUAUAUUGGUUGCAUGUACAGUAUGGCGGCUUUUGGUCCUGUUGUUGGUUUUCUAUUAGGUGCAUAUUUAUUAUCGUUUCACAUGGAUUCGCUUUCAUCAUCUAUAAUUUCCAUUGAUCCCGGAGAUCGUCGUUGGGUUGGCAUGUGGUGGGGUGGUUUUCUGUUAUGUGGUAUUUUGCUACUGAUUGUUGCAAUACCCUUCUUCUCUUUUCCCAAGGUCUUAACACAUGAAAAGAAAAAGAUACGCAAAGCUUCUGUAGUAAUACAGCCAGCAGUACCGAAUAAUUCGAAUAGUUUGCCACGUAAUACAGAUGAAACGGGAAAAGUUAAAAAGGAAAUUGUUUCAGUGGCCACUAAAGAGGAACCAGAGAAACCCAAAGUAGAUACCGGCUAUGGAAAAGAUAUUAAAGACAUACCACAAUCUAUGCUACGUCUCGUGACGAAUCCAAUUUACAUUGUCACUUGCCUUGGUGCCUGUAUGGAACUAAUGAUUGUCUCCGGAUUUGUGGUAUUCUUACCGAAAUAUUUGGAAACUCAAUUUAGUGUGGGCAAAAGUCAGGCUAGUGUUUUUACAGGAUCCAUUGCUAUACCGGGAGCGUGUAUUGGUAUCUUUGUAGGCGGUUGUAUACUUAAACGUUUUCAAUUGAAACCCAAGGGAGCAGUAACAUUUGUACUCAUCUCAAAUGUUAUCUGUUUGUGUCUUUUUGCCAUGCUGUUCUUUUUGGGUUGUGACAACUUGAAAAUGGCCGGCACUACUAUGCCCUAUUAUAAUAGUUCCAAACCGGGAUCAUUAGAACCAUUCCAAGUUAAUUUGACCGCUGCUUGUAAUUUUGGUUGCGAGUGUUUGACCAGUGAUGUCGAACCGGUGUGUGGAAAUAAUGGUCUCACUUAUUUCAGUCCCUGCCAUGCAGGUUGUACGGCAUUCUCUUCUAGUUCAAAUUAUACUAAUUGUGCCUGUGUUCAUGCUAAUAUCUCCAGCAGCAUUUAUUUGGGUGCCGGUGGUAGUCAUGCUCAAGCCCUUAAUGCCAAUGAAAAUUUCGCUGAAGUUACUGUAGUUCCUGUUGCCACUGCCGGUCCUUGUGCCAAUCCCUGCCGCAAUAUUUAUCCAUUCCUUAUAUUGCUCUUCUUUAUGACCUUCAUUGUGGCUGCCACUCAAAUGCCUCUGCUAAUGAUUGUCCUACGUUCGGUAUCCGAAGAAGAGCGAUCAUUUGCCUUGGGCAUGCAAUUUGUUAUAUUCCGUCUAUUUGGUUAUAUACCAGCACCCAUACUUUUUGGUAAUCUCAUCGAUUCCACCUGCUUAUUGUGGAAAUCUUCGUGCGGCCAGAAGGGUGGUCGUUGCUUAAUUUACGACAUUGAAAAGUUUCGUUACAAAUAUGUGGGACUUUGUGCUUCUGUGAAAAUUAUAGCUUUGGCCAUAUUUAUGGUGGAUUGGUGGUUGGUUAGACGACGUAAGCAAUUAGAUAAAAUGAAGCCAUUGAAUACAAGUGACCCUAUAAUAGGAUCCAUAAUAAGUUUAGAUAAACUAGUUUUUGAAGAAAAAUUGUCCGGCCAUGAAAACAAUCCCAACUACGAUGAUGGUGAAAUGGCUUUAAAAUCGGAUAACUAUCGUCAUUCUCGUAACAAUUCCCGAACUAUACAACUUGAAUAUGGCUACGAUAAAUGCAACAAUGCCAUGAUGGCAAAUACCCAAGCAGUUCCUCAAAUGAAGUCGAAGAAACAUUUCCGCAGUGCUUCGUGUGAUGUCAAAAUGAUACGCAGCUUUGCUAAGGAUCAUAAUUCGAAUCCAGCCAUGGAUGUUUGUGAGACUUCUAAAUUCAAGAAUUUGAAAAAACUUCAUACACAUUCCCGCAACAAUUCAAGUGACCUUAAUACAGAAUUCCGCCACAAAUUGGUGGCUCACUCCAAUUCCUGUUCCAGAGAUGAUCCAAAUUUUAGUAUACGUUUCAUACAAAAUCAAUUAAAGCCCCAAGAAGACGAAGAGGACGAAGAUGAAUUGACCACCGGUUGUGGUCAUUUCGUGCGCAAACAUUCGCGCAAUCAUUCCUAUGAUCAAAUCUAUAUGCCCAAUAACAUACGAUUCGAUCCAGAAUUCUUCCGUGGUCAUAAUAAUAAUCACCACCACAAUAAUCAUCUUCAUCACACUAACAAUAAGAAAAAUGUUAAUUUGCUCAAAAAUGUGGUGGAGAGUAAAUUGAAAAAUUCAAACGAGACUAACGAAGCUGGCUCACGCGGCCAUUCACGCAACAAUUCAAAGGACUUGAACAUAAAGGUUUCACAAACAACUACUAAUGCGGGAGUUGCCAAUUCGUCCGCAGCCCCUAGUAGCGCUUUAAUCGCUGAAUCGGCUUUAAGUAUAUUAAGACAUCGCCGUACAAAUUCUAAAGACUUAAAUCACGUAGCUAACGCUAGCACCAGUGAUCAUCCAAUAGCUACCGGUGUUGUAGCCGUCGGCUCGGGUGCCCUGAGUAAUAAUGCCAAUAAAAAACAUUCUCGCAACUCUUCUCAUCAGAAAAUUCAAAUAGAUGACGAUCGCAGUGGUCUUAUAGACAAUGAUAAUAACGAAAACGAUGAUGACGACGAUGAUGAGGUUGUUGAGCAGCAACAAGAAAUUGUUAAUAUUUAAAUUUUAUUAAUCGUUUAAGUAUUUUUAUUUUUCUUUCAUAUUUUUCAAUGUGCAAUACAUUCCCACUUAAAAAAUUUGCUAAAAACAGGAGGGAUUUUCUUUUCGUUGGUUUAGUUUUUUUUUCACAGAGUGGUCAAAUAUUUUUUUAUUAGAAUAUAGCUUUUUGAAUACAUUUAAAUAUAGAUUAGGAGUCUUAAUAGAAUCAAAAUUUUUUACUGAAAUAAACGAAUUUGUGUUUUGAUUUCAUAUCUAGUAGUGCAACAUUUAUAUCUUCUGAAAAUGCUGUAAUUUGUAGAUUUAACUGAUUCUGUGAAAGCGCUAUAAAGUCAACAUUGAUUGAUUUAUGAUUUCGAGAUGUCCAAGACUAUCACUGGUCGCUGCUUCUAAGAUGAAACCAAAUCACUUUUUUUACAAAAAUUUUAAGUUUCGCCUUAGCUUUAAGUGAGGUUAGGUUGUAGUCAUACAUUACAAGGAAACAGUGUUCCUGCUUAUCUCUUUGGAAAUUUGUUAAUAGAUCUGUACUUGACAAGUGGACUCGUUUACCACCAGAAUUGAGUCUAUCGGUUUUGUUUAUUUCAAACAUCUAAAAGUUCUUUGGGAACACUAUAAUGUUACACAGAACAUAUUCUAGAAGUUAUAGCGACAACAUUAGUUUCAAGUUUUCUGUACAAGAAUCUAAAUUAGUUAUUUUUGCACUUGUUCUAGAAGUAGUUAUUGUAGGAGAGAAAAAAUAAAACCUAGAGCAGUUAAAGGAAAUGUAUUGAUAAAACUGAUUAGGCAGGCCGACAAAAUUUAAAAAAAUGUGAAACCCUGAAUGAGUUAUCGGUCUGUGUUAUACUUAAUAUAUUAAAUUUCGCGAUCUUAUUUCUUUCUAUAUCGCUUUUGACCACUCUUAACCAAAACCCAAGAAUUAUAAAAAUAUAGAUUACGCAUUGCGCAGGUUUUUUUUGGUUUAAAUCAACAGGUGUUCGAUAUGCUACGUCACAUCAGCAAAUAAAGUGAUUGACGUCUAAAAAAAUUUUAAAAACUUAAAAAAAAAUUUAAAAACUUUACAAAAUUUUGUAAAAAUUUAAAAAAAAAACAAAAUACUUUAAAUAUGAAAUGCGCUGUGAAAAAUUGCAAAAGCACCAACAACUCUAAGGCGUGCGAAAUUAGUUUUAUUAUUUGUAUUAUGUAUUUUAUUUGUAUAGAAAUAUUUUUUAUUUUUCAAAAAUGUCACUUUGUUUAUGUUUUGCUUUUAUUUUUCUCAAGUUAUAAGCUGAUAUGACGUACAUGCGCAGAACGAACAUUUUUUUACAUACUGAAUGCGCAAUCUAUGUUUCUAUAAUUCUUGACCAAAACCUAUUCUAUUGAUUUGUACUUAAUUUUAAAUGUUACUACUUCCUUGUUUUUUGUUUAACAAAACAUUAGUUUGAAAUUUCUUUGGUGGAAAAUAUAAAAUAAUGACGACAAAGUCAAAACCUAGCAAUCGACACAUUCAACCUGAAAAGUGUAUGAAGUUGAAGGAGUGAUCGCGUAAUUAGAGAAUGUGUAGCAAAAACAAUAAUUAUAAAAUAAUUAAAUUCACAAUAAUUAAGUCUAGCAAUUAUUAUUAUUAUUAUUAUGAAAUAUAAAACAUAAUUAUAAUAAAAUAAUUAUUAUAACAAUUAGUUUUAUAUUUUUUAGUUUUUAAGUAGAUGGAUACUGUCUGAAUGUGUGUGAUAUGAAUGAAACUGAAGCAAAUUAUUUAAUUCUCGUAAUACAAACGAAAAAAACAAAACAUACAUAUAUAAACAAAAUUCUUAAAAAAAGGAAAGUAUAAAUGAUAAAAAAAGAUUGAAAUAUCAUCAUA